GGGUAGCCAAUCACAGCGCAGGAUUUGAUUCAUCUUCACCGUUCACGGAGUUAGCCAUAUAAUGAUAUAAAAUGGGAAAUAUUGACUAUCGCCAGGUACGCAUCACGAUACAUCAUGCCUAAAGACUGGAGCUAGAGCAGGACUGGAGACUGGAGCCUACUUUGUAAUUAUUUGCUCGACCGCUGGUUUCUGACAACGCGGGCUCUUACGACAAGGAGGUCAGCAGUCAGCAGUUUAUCACAAGGAGCAGGCUCGAGCAGGCUCUAGAAAACUUUGUUAUGAAGUGGGAAAGCACUACAGAAUAUGGAGCGCAAUGGCCUAUUUUGUUCUAUUAAAGCUUAAUCGUAACGCCUGAUAAGGAUGUGGAUAAAACCAGAGGAAGUUCUCUUAGCCAAUGCGCUUUGGGUGACCGAACGAGCAAAUCCUUACUUUGUACUUCAGCGAAGGAAAGGUCACGGAGGGGGCGGAUUGACGUCCCUUCUGAUCGGAACGUUAGAUAAUGUUUUAGAUACGAAGCCUGCACCAUUUCGCAUACUUCUACAACUGCCUAGCUCUGAUAUAAGUUAUGUGAUUGCAAAUGCGGCAUCAUUCCAUGACAUAGAGACAGACUGGAAAUGGUUGGAAAAAUAUUUGUUGGAGACAUUAGAGACCAUUGAAAGUGAAGAUGAUAUCAGAGAAUUUGUAAAAGCAAAGAUUGAGAGUCUUGUGGCCAAUGUCGUAGCAGAUCAAGAUAUGGUUGCUGAAACAGAAACCAACAGAUUCAAGUCGGCAACAACAAGAUUUCACAGGAUCUUUAACAUUCCAGUGGAUGAAAAACUUGUAAAUUAUUAUUCCUGUAGUUACUGGAAAGGAAGAGUUCCCCGUCAAGGCUGGUUGUAUUUGUCAGUUAACUAUAUGUGUUUCUACUCAUUUUUGAUGGGAAAAGAGGCACGGCUUGUCAUCAGAUGGCUUGAUGUAGUGUCUCUUGAGAGGAGUAGCAGUGUCUUGUUUACUGAUGGAGUCAAGGUUACAACAAGAGAAGGAGAGUUCAGCUUCUCUCUGUUGCUUCACAUAACAGAAACUUUUGGUCUCAUGGAGCAGCUUGCAAACCUGGCCAUGCGACAGCUAUUGUCAGAAGAAGGCUAUGAACAAGAUAAAACAUUGCCUUUGUUGACAAAAAACAGAGGCAAGCAAGUGAAGAAGGUCCCAUCACUGAAGAGAGACUUGGAUGCUCGAGCUCAGAGUGAAUUCUACAGAAACCUGUUUCGCUUGCCAGUAGAAGAGAAACUUGAUGGCCAUUGUGAAUGCACCUUGUGGAGUCCUCAUGAAAAAGCCCAUGAAUGGGGAACACUGUACUGUUCUCCAAAUUACCUUUGCUUUAGCAGUAAGGUGAGAGAGAGUAUCCGUUCAUUGCACUUUCUGUUUGCCUCUCUACGAGACCGUGACUACUUAACAAGACUUAUAUCUGACUUCCUGGCAAAAACUCCUGAGCCAAAAUCAAAUGACAAAGGGGGAUGGAUGUUCAGUACCAGCCCUAACACGAAGAAACCAACAUUCCAGCCUCCACUUACCACAGUGUUCUCAAGCACCCCUGCUGAUCACAUCAAUGCUAAGGAGACUGUCAAAGAGCAUUUGUGGCGACUGCAUUUUGCUGAGUAUGGAAGGUUAGUCUCAGUCAGUGAUUUUGAUUUUGAUGUUUGGCCAUUCGGUUGUAACAGGUCGCUUCCUGAACACCCUGCCUUUCAGUCUGAAGUAGGGAUAGCCGCUCUACGAAGGGUGCUGACAUCUUACGCCUGGAGGAAUCCCAGCAUAGGGUAUUGUCAAGCUAUGAACAUUGUUGCCUCAGUACUGUUGUUGUACUGCACUGAAGAGGAAGCCUUCUGGUUGUUAGUGGCGGUCUGUGAACGUCUCUUACCAGAUUAUUACAAUACAAGAGUGGUUGGAGCGCUUGUUGAUCAGGGUGUUUUUGAGGACCUUACUCGUGAUCACUUACCUGAGCUGUAUGAUCACCUGAUGGAACUUGGAAUACUUAACAUGAUAUCACUGUCCUGGUUUUUAACUCUCUUCCUCAGAGCAGUUAUAUGCUGUAUUCAAGGUAUGUCCUUGGAAUGUAAACUUGAAGGACAUAUUUUAACUCGUAACCAUGGCAACCCAGACAUCAAGGAUACUCCGCCUCAGUUUCCUCUCGUACAGAACCAGUGUAUUGACUACGAGAGGUUCAAGCCUCUCUUUGAAUUCCUUACAAACUGGGGGACUGGGGAGAUUGGGCCCACCUUGGCCGAAAGGGCAUUCAAGGUUAUCGAUGAUGACGAAGACGGCCUGAUUACCUUCCGCGAGUUUGCGCGAGGCCUGGGCAUCAUUUGCAAGGGUGAACUCCAAGAUCGCAUGCAGUUUAUGUAUCGGAUGCACGUGCCUCCAGCCCUGUGUGACGAGGCGGCAGAAGAGCUCAGUGAUGAGGAGUCCGUAGACAGCUGCGUGGAGCUGACAGAGAGUGGAAGCAUAGAGGUCUCGGCGUCACAGGCACGUGAUCAGGGGCAGUCACGUGAUCAGGUAGCCGUGUGCAUAUCACCAAGAACUAACGAAGGAGAGACGACGAGAACGGAUGAAGACAAUGUUAAGAGGGUUACGGCCUCGGAGAUUCCGCCCAUGAGUCAGGGACAUUUUAUUCAGUUGUGGAAGACAAUGUACUCGCUGUUCCGGGAACUGCCAAAUGAACAGGAGAUGUACCAAGCCAUCGCCUCAGUAGGAAACAUGCUUCUAAAGCUGGGUGAAUUCGGAGGAGAGUUGGACACUAAUGUAGAAAUUACGACUGGUCAGCAGUCAAAGGGCGUCGACUUGGACCAGUUCAUGGACCCACUUCAUGUAGCUGAACUUGAGUCGUCUUCGGCUAGUACUGUAGAUUUGUUAACUGGGCCCAGUGAGGUAACCGUCACGUCUGAGCUUGAAUCGUCGACGCUAAUGAAGGAAGCACUGAUGGACGCUGCGAGGAGCAGUGAAUCUUCUCUCAGUAGUCCCGUAAGGAGCUCGACAGGAGACGAUUUUGUUCUCGUGGGGAGUGAUGAGGGGUUUAGCACACCAGAACCAGUGGUGUGUGAGACCAACACACAGGAUACCUUAGAUAAAGUUUAUAAUAAAUUGAGUCUCGGGGAUCCUCUGGUUGCCGCUGAAAGUAAAACCGUCGAUCAAAAGGAUUACAAUUCACGCUUACUAGUUGUCAAACAAGGCCAACAACCUUCAGAAGGUCUUAACAAACGCAACAGCCAAUCAAACGAAGGCCCUUCAUCCGGGACAUUCCAUACAACCCAAUCGCACGUUAGACAUUCAUCCGGGUCAUCAGAUAUUGACCAAUCAAAUGACAGACUUCCAUCGAGGGCGUUAGAUACCGACCAAUCAAACGAAAGACCUUCAUCUGGUGCUCUAGACCUUGAUUGGUCAAUUUGUUUUGAACAGUUUCUGGCGUCCAUGUCAACUGAACCUUACCUGGUUCACUACUUCGACGAGACUGUUGACGUCAUUCAGCGUCUGAAGAAAAUGAAAACAGAAGGAGUAGAAGCCUGUCUGUUUGAUCAGAAAGAACUAGAGCAGUUAUAUGCUGUAUUCAAGGAAGGACACAUUUUAACUCGUAACCAUGGCAACCCAGACAUCAAGGAUACUCCGCCUCAGUUUCCUCUCGUACAGAACCAGUGUAUUGACUACGAGAGGUUCAAGCCUCUCUUUGAAUUCCUUACAAACUGGGGGACUGGGGAGAUUGGGCCCACCUUGGCCGAAAGGGCAUUCAAGGUUAUCGAUGAUGACGAAGACGGCCUGAUUACCUUCCGCGAGUUUGCGCGAGGCCUGGGCAUCAUUUGCAAGGGUGAACUCCAAGAUCGCAUGCAGUUUAUGUAUCGGAUGCACGUGCCUCCAGCCCUGUGUGACGAGGCGGCAGAAGAGCUCAGUGAUGAGGAGUCCGUAGACAGCUGCGUGGAGCUGACAGAGAGUGGAAGCAUAGAGGUCUCGGCGUCACAGGCACGUGAUCAGGGGCAGUCACGUGAUCAGGUAGCCGUGUGCAUAUCACCAAGAACUAACGAAGGAGAGACGACGAGAACGGAUGAAGACAAUGUUAAGAGGGUUACGGCCUCGGAGAUUCCGCCCAUGAGUCAGGGACAUUUUAUUCAGUUGUGGAAGACAAUGUACUCGCUGUUCCGGGAACUGCCAAAUGAACAGGAGAUGUACCAAGCCAUCGCCUCAGUAGGAAACAUGCUUCUAAAGCUGGGUGAAUUCGGAGGAGAGUUGGACACUAAUGUAGAAAUUACGACUGGUCAGCAGUCAAAGGGCGUCGACUUGGACCAGUUCAUGGACCCACUUCAUGUAGCUGAACUUGAGUCGUCUUCGGCUAGUACUGUAGAUUUGUUAACUGGGCCCAGUGAGGUAACCGUCACGUCUGAGCUUGAAUCGUCGACGCUAAUGAAGGAAGCACUGAUGGACGCUGCGAGGAGCAGUGAAUCUUCUCUCAGUAGUCCCGUAAGGAGCUCGACAGGAGACGAUUUUGUUCUCGUGGGGAGUGAUGAGGGGUUUAGCACACCAGAACCAGUGGUGUGUGAGACCAACACACAGGAUACCUUAGAUAAAGUUUAUAAUAAAUUGAGUCUCGGGGAUCCUCUGGUUGCCGCUGAAAGUAAAACCGUCGAUCAAAAGGAUUACAAUUCACGCUUACUAGUUGUCAAACAAGGCCAACAACCUUCAGAAGGUCUUAACAAACGCAACAGCCAAUCAAACGAAGGCCCUUCAUCCGGGACAUUCCAUACAACCCAAUCGCACGUUAGACAUUCAUCCGGGUCAUCAGAUAUUGACCAAUCAAAUGACAGACUUCCAUCGAGGGCGUUAGAUACCGACCAAUCAAACGAAAGACCUUCAUCUGGUGCUCUAGACCUUGAUUGGUCAAUUUGUUUUGAACAGUUUCUGGCGUCCAUGUCAACUGAACCUUACCUGGUUCACUACUUCGACGAGACUGUUGACGUCAUUCAGCGUCUGAAGAAAAUGAAAACAGAAGGCAUUGGAAGCUUCAGAAAUGCGUCAAGGACAAAUUUGAAUUCUGCCGAUGCCUGGUUGUUGAAAAAGUGGACAGCCAUAUCCAGAGGCGCCAUGCACCUCUCAGAGGGCUUAACAGGACUGGCUGGGAAAACAAUAGACCUAACAACGAACACAAUGAAACAGGAAGCGAAUGAAACAAUAGGCUCUGAUGAGGAAGGACAUAUUUUAACUCGUAACCAUGGCAACCCAGACAUCAAGGAUACUCCGCCUCAGUUUCCUCUCGUACAGAACCAGUGUAUUGACUACGAGAGGUUCAAGCCUCUCUUUGAAUUCCUUACAAACUGGGGGACUGGGGAGAUUGGGCCCACCUUGGCCGAAAGGGCAUUCAAGGUUAUCGAUGAUGACGAAGACGGCCUGAUUACCUUCCGCGAGUUUGCGCGAGGCCUGGGCAUCAUUUGCAAGGGUGAACUCCAAGAUCGCAUGCAGUUUAUGUAUCGGAUGCACGUGCCUCCAGCCCUGUGUGACGAGGCGGCAGAAGAGCUCAGUGAUGAGGAGUCCGUAGACAGCUGCGUGGAGCUGACAGAGAGUGGAAGCAUAGAGGUCUCGGCGUCACAGGCACGUGAUCAGGGGCAGUCACGUGAUCAGGUAGCCGUGUGCAUAUCACCAAGAACUAACGAAGGAGAGACGACGAGAACGGAUGAAGACAAUGUUAAGAGGGUUACGGCCUCGGAGAUUCCGCCCAUGAGUCAGGGACAUUUUAUUCAGUUGUGGAAGACAAUGUACUCGCUGUUCCGGGAACUGCCAAAUGAACAGGAGAUGUACCAAGCCAUCGCCUCAGUAGGAAACAUGCUUCUAAAGCUGGGUGAAUUCGGAGGAGAGUUGGACACUAAUGUAGAAAUUACGACUGGUCAGCAGUCAAAGGGCGUCGACUUGGACCAGUUCAUGGACCCACUUCAUGUAGCUGAACUUGAGUCGUCUUCGGCUAGUACUGUAGAUUUGUUAACUGGGCCCAGUGAGGUAACCGUCACGUCUGAGCUUGAAUCGUCGACGCUAAUGAAGGAAGCACUGAUGGACGCUGCGAGGAGCAGUGAAUCUUCUCUCAGUAGUCCCGUAAGGAGCUCGACAGGAGACGAUUUUGUUCUCGUGGGGAGUGAUGAGGGGUUUAGCACACCAGAACCAGUGGUGUGUGAGACCAACACACAGGAUACCUUAGAUAAAGUUUAUAAUAAAUUGAGUCUCGGGGAUCCUCUGGUUGCCGCUGAAAGUAAAACCGUCGAUCAAAAGGAUUACAAUUCACGCUUACUAGUUGUCAAACAAGGCCAACAACCUUCAGAAGGUCUUAACAAACGCAACAGCCAAUCAAACGAAGGCCCUUCAUCCGGGACAUUCCAUACAACCCAAUCGCACGUUAGACAUUCAUCCGGGUCAUCAGAUAUUGACCAAUCAAAUGACAGACUUCCAUCGAGGGCGUUAGAUACCGACCAAUCAAACGAAAGACCUUCAUCUGGUGCUCUAGACCUUGAUUGGUCAAUUUGUUUUGAACAGUUUCUGGCGUCCAUGUCAACUGAACCUUACCUGGUUCACUACUUCGACGAGACUGUUGACGUCAUUCAGCGUCUGAAGAAAAUGAAAACAGAAGGCAUUGGAAGCUUCAGAAAUGCGUCAAGGACAAAUUUGAAUUCUGCCGAGUAGAUAGCCUUGUAAAGUGCACCAGCAAUGAUAUUGAUAAAUGUACAGUUUGUCUUAAGAUAUUGAAGUGAAUUGCUGAACGUUAACUCAGAUUCUUCCAACUAGUGCUAUGUGAAAUGUACUAAGACCUUCAACGAGAAUCAUUGUGUUGACAUCUUGGCUUUAAGGGUAAAAUAGCAUGCAUUCAGUGCCUGGUUGUUGAAAAAGUGGACAGCCAUAUCCAGAGGCGCCAUGCACCUCUCAGAGGGCUUAACAGGACUGGCUGGGAAAACAAUAGACCUAACAACGAACACAAUGAAACAGGAAGCGAAUGAAACAAUAGGCUCUGAUGAGGUGUGUGGCUUCUGCAUAUCCAGAGGUAAAUUAGAUAAAAUUAUUUUGUUCAUUUUAUUGUACAGUUAAUUUUUUUUCUCGACAAGGAUUUGUCAUCUGCGUAAACCUAUCUGCACGUUGAGACAGGUCAAAUGUGUAGAAACUAGCUUGUUUUUAUGGGUAGCAUGUUAGGGCAUGGGUAGCGGGGCUCAAAUCAUAUUUGUUUUCAUUCGCGGGUUAAGUAAAUGUUAUUAGACUCGAUUACCAGCUGCUUUUCGGGUAAAGGAGCCCUCGCUUCUGGAACCGGUCUCGAGAGAGCAGCGGAAAUCUAGUUUAUAUAAGCGGCUGGUUUCCGGAAGUCGUUCCAUCUCAGCCCAGUGCUCGGGCGUUCUCUUCAGGUACUAUCCAGUGACGACUAUAGAUUCCAGUCUCUCUUCAGCCGAGAACGCCUGGAACCUGGGACCAAAGAGUUGAAAUGACCAUAACGAAACAAAUAAGGUAACUUUUCAGAAAUGUUAUACGUUCUUUCUUAAGACAGAUUUCGAACGUAGAACUUAUACUUUGUUUUACGUUCAAAAAAUUUCCUUGAACUUCUUAAGUACUCAAAGUGAAGAUGGAACGUGACAACGACUUAUAGCAAGUUGAACUUUGUUAAAUUAUAAAGAGUGAAAUGGAUAGAGAUAUAGAUACAUUGUAAUUUAUAAUCACUGUACAAAGUAAAUGGGAAAACAUGUAGGACGAGAGAGAGGUCUUCAAAUUAUAAGUUAAAUAUUAUUUUCAUCUGCGGUUUAUUUCCACUUAUGGUUGCUUCAGUUAUAUUUUUAAAAGGGUUUGUUUUUUAAAGGGUUGAUUCAAUAGGUUGAAUUGAACUUUAUGUAUCUGUAAUUGAAGAAUAAAACUUUAAAGACUUA